AUGAAAAUGUCUGCUGCUAUUGCUGAAAUUGUCUCGGAAUUCUCUGGAUUCCAACAUAUUCAUACUUCAAAAUCAGCAUUAUCAAUGACUUCCACGCCACCAGUCUCGAGAAAGACAUCAACGUCAUCUGAAUCUCCUGCACCGCAAAACCAAAUCACCCGUAAUGACAGUUCCAACAGUCUCAACGACUUCAAUUGCGUCCAACGAAAGAACUCAUCUGCUUCGUAUCUUGUUAUUGAAUAA